AUGGGAGGAAGGAGACGGGAGCUUGGAGAAAAGGAGCCAUUUUUUUUUCAUGGCUCUUGUUUGCAUCUCUGUGACGGUAGCAUCAGUGUUAGCCACAUCAGUGGCAGUAGCAGCUGGUACAGCAACAUGAUGACAGCAAUAAUAGCAAGAACACAGAAGCAAAGGUGUCUGAGAAUAUGGAAAGACCUUACCUUGAUUGGUAUGGCUUCUAGAGCACCCAUUAAAGAAAAGAGUCUUCCUGCUCCUCCCUACCUCUAUGACAGCAGCCUUCUGAAUGAUCUUUCCCAGGCCAAGUGUUACUUUUAUAGCAUCAUGAGGAUUUUCACUUCUAGGCCCCAGUGGGAGGCUCUGCAUGCCCACCAUAUUCACAGCCUUCAGAAACAGCAGCGGCUUGGUUAUACCACUCACGAAGAAGCCGUGUCUUGUGCUGCUGUGCUUAAAGAUUCAACCAAAAGAGUUGCCAAGAUAGGUCCUCAAUGGACCGUUCCCUGGAAGUCUUCAGCCAUGACAAGAAAACAUCUGUCAGCAGGACUUAAUUCUGUAGUUUGA